GUCACGUUAAUAGCGUGUGACUCCAAAGCCAAAGGCAAGUCAGAAGCACAACACAAAACGAGAGAAAGAGAGAGAAGAAAAUACAUGAAAUUGAAAGAUGAACGAAGAUGGCGUAAGCUCUGCCAAUCCCAAUCUCUCUCUUCCGAAACCACCUUCUUCUCCUCCCACACCUGCAGCAAGUUCUGCGGGGGCCUCGUCGCCGGCGUUUCCGCCCAAUGGAGAUGUUCGUCGCCGCCACAAAUCAAGUGCGGAUUCGCGCGAGGUUGUGGGUUCGUUGCUGCAAGGCUCUUCGGUUCCCUCCUGCCGGCCAUGGGAGCGCGGCGAUUUGCUGCGCCGCCUUUCGACGUUUAAGCUCGCCGGGAAAUUGCCCAAGGUUGCUGGGUCGUUGGCUUGUGCGAAGAGAGGUUGGGUGAAUGUGGGUGUUGCUAAGAUUGAGUGUGAGAUAUGUCGUGCUCAAUUAGAUUUUGCCGUGCCUUCAGCUUCAUCUUUUGAAGCUGAUGGCUCCAGUGAAGAGUUUUCUGAACAGCUUGAUAGAGGCCACAAAGUCACCUGUCCUUGGAGAGGCAAUAGCUGUCCUGAAAGCUUGGUGCAGUUUCCUCCUACUUCGCCUUCAGCUCUAAUUGGUGGUUUUAAGGAUAGGUGUGAUGGACUCUUGCAGUUUUAUUCCCUCCCAAUCGUAUCUUCAUCUGCAAUUGAGCUUAUGCGGGUUACACACAGCCCUCAAAUUGAUCAUUUACUUGCUCAAUUGCAAAUUCAGACAGCUGGAGAAUUGGGCUGCAGAGCAGAAAAUGCUUCUGGAACGGGCAUAACUGGAGAACAGGCCUGUCAUUCAUAUUCUUAUGCUCAAAAGCUAAUAAGUCUUUGUGGAUGGGAGCCACGAUGGCUUCCUAAUGUGCUUGACUGUGAAGAACAAUCGGCUGAAUCUGCAAAAAAUGGGUAUAGCUCUGAUCCAGCCAAAGGAUCUGCAGCUGAUCCUGCUCCAAGCAAGAGGGAGUUUUCAACUUCUUCAAGGAAAGAUACUGGGGACAAUGAUGUACUGGGUUCAGAGUUUAAUUGUGAGUCUAGGUCACCAUUGUUAGAUUGUAGUUUAUGUGGGGUUACAGUUAGAGUAUGGGAUUUCUUGACAGCUCCACGACCAGUUCAUUUGACACCCUGUGGGAUUGAUACACCUCAAACAAGCAAGAAAAUAGCAUCAACUCGAGGAAUAAGUGCAGCUAGUGGUAUCAAUGAAUGGGCUGCUACUGAUGGUGUUGAAAAAGAGAGGACUGGAGACCGUGAUGAGGCUACAACAUCCGAAAAAAAACUUGUAUCCAUUAAAAGUUUAGACAUAAGUCUUAGGAUGGCUAGUGGGCCAUCCUCUUCACCAAUAAACUUGACAUCAACCUCAGGUCAUGCGCAAGAUGCUGGGGAAGAGAAACAUCUGAUGAUUGGGCGGCCUUCUGGAAGUGAGGUUGGAGACCAGACGGCUUCUUAUGAAUCACAAGGCCCCACUGCUCGCAAACGCAAGUUGGAUGAUGGUGGAACCACUGCUGACAGGCAACAUCUAAAUGUGCAACAGGCAGACAGUGUUGAAAAAACUGUGACUGACCGCGAUAAUAAUGAAGUCAUUGGUAGUCAACUGUAUUCAGCUGGCCCUUCAAAGCGUGCCCGUCAUACUAAUCUAUUGGAAACAUUCCAGUUUCCAUUAAGAAAUUCUUCUGCACCUAGCCAUUCAUUGGGUAUUCAAAUAGAACUGGAUGCAAAUAUCCCUAACCAGUUAAACCCAGAAAGGGAUCAUGCCAUUGGUGUUAUGUCUACCAGAGAUUCUGCUCAAGCAUCUUCUAUUAUUGCAAUGAAUACAGUUUAUCACAGUUCAGAUGAUGAAUCAAUGGAAAGUGUUGAAAAUUUUCCUGUAGAUGCUAAUGAUGUCAAUUUCCCUUCUGUUGAUUUGAACGAAGCAUCAGAGCUAAAUAGCAGCUAUCAAGCACAGCAAAGUGCUUGUUUCCAGCCACUUUUAGAUAGGGCAGGAGGGGAGGCAGGUGUUAGCAGUUCAAAUGCUUGUGGGGAAGUUUUGAACAUGGAGAUACUGACUGCACAUGCUAGAGAUGGACCUAGUUUUGGUAUUAGUGGGGGAAGUGUGGGCAUGGGUGCAAGUCAUGAGGCUGAAAUCCAUGGGACUGAUGUCUCAGUUCAUAGAGGUGAUAGUUUAGGUGAUGUUGAACCAAUUGCUGAAGUGAUUGAAAAUCAGGGUCCACCUGGUGAAUUUGAGCCUUAUCAUGGACAUACUGGGGACUUUGUGCCUGAGGAAAUGAGUCGGGAAGAUCCUCAAGGGGAUAGUCAAGCCAUGGUGUCUCAAUCUAUAGCAAGGGCUGAUAGUGGCUCAAAAAUUAUAGCUUCAACCAAGGUUGAAUCUGUUGAAAGUGGUGAGAAGACCAGUUGUAGCAUGCAGAUGAUAGACCCUGACAAUGGUGCCCAUCCGUCCCUUUCUUGUAAUGCUGUUGUAUGUUCUGCCUAUGAAGUAUCCAAGGAAGAAGUUACUCAGACUGGGAAGGCAUCUCACAUUGAUGACGGUGCAUAUCAUGAAUCAGGCCAUUUAAAUACUGAUGUUAUGGGGAUUCCUUACAGAGACAUCAGUAAUGGAGGUGUUGAAUUUGAUCCAAUCAAAUCACAUAACGAUCACUGUCCUUGGGUGAAUGGGGAUGUUGCUGCUGCUGGUUGCGAUAAUCCCUGCUCCAGUUCUGGUGUGGGUAGUGUGGCUCUUUGUGGCUGGCAGCUGACUUUAGAUGCCCUGGACUCUUUCCAGUCUCUUGGACAUCUUCCUCUCCAAACUCUUGAAUCAGAAUCGGCAGCAUCUAUGUGCAAGGGUGAUCGGUUCACUUCCAGCCAGAAAUUGUUAGCACGCAACUCCUAUGUUAGAAACCAGGGGAAAAACUGAGACCUGGAGGAAGUUGUCAAACGUUAUGUUGAGUUGUUUUUUCGGAGAAUGAGUAUUGUUCCUACAUCCAAAUUCAAGUUAUGUUUUUUCUACAUCCAAAUGCAAGUUAUGUUUUCAAUCAAUCGGAUGCUUGUCCAUUCUGGUUUCCUAAAGUCAGUUUUGAUGCUAUAAUAUAUUGGAUUUUGGAUUGGUGUUGUCUGUCAAUUUAAAAUAAAAGUGUCAUUGCAUCAGAAA